UAAAUAACAGUUCUUCUCGUCCAUGAGGCAGCAGCUAUUUUGGGUCUGGGGAUUUUGAGCUGUGUUUAGGGGUAGAGGUGCCAGGCGGACGAGACGGACACAGAUCGCUUCAGACCGUGAGAGAAGACCAUUCGGUUUCACUGCGUUUUCUAUAGUGUUUAUCAACGACAACGACACGCACAGACGUCUACUAGCGUUUGAUGAAAACACAAUCUGAGGGUUCGCAUUCUCUGUCUGUUUGUCAGUGGUGGGAGUGAUCAUGAAGUCCACUCCUUCUCCUCCUCCAGCGUUUGUUCGUGUCAGCGAGCGAGACCUGACAGAGAUUGAGCUCCAUUCCGUCGACUCCAUCAAUGACCUGCACCGCACACACUCGGAACAGCACAGCAAAGGUGUUCAGCCAGCCCGUCCACCACCUCCUAUCUCCAAUGGGAAUUUUCAGAUGCAAGAUCAGGGAGUUGUUUAUCAAACAGGUCAACCAGUGAGAAGGCCCUGUGUGAGCAGACUGAAUGACAUAUGCACUUCCACUAGGCGGCACUAUUUUUUAGCAUGUGCAGCCAUUAUUGCCUUCCUCCUUACUCUCAUUCUUAUCUUCAGUUUUUUAGUCCAGCAGAGCAGUGCUCUCCACACACUUUUGGAGAUGGUGAAACAGAAAAAGGAAACCACUGAAGAAAUCUCCCAACUCUUACAAGAGCUGCAAAAGCUGCACAUCAACCUCACAGAGCAACGACCAUAACAAAAAAUCAUUCUAUACAGACCCACAGGUGAAACAUUACUGCACUGUGACAACACUGAGAGAAGAUUACCGAUUACUUCACAUCAAUGUGUGAUUCUAUGUCUUAAAGGCUUCUAUUACUUUGGUGGAAUCCCUUAUCUUGCUCAAAAACAUUCACUCAGCCUCCUGAUUUUUGUGCAGUGUAACUGGAAAAUAAUGUAUUAAUGGACUUUUCACCAGUAUUGUUUUGUACACUUCUAUGGUUACAUACUUUUUGACUUGCUAUAUUAGUUUCACUAAAGCAAAUGAUAAUAUGAAACAACACUAAGAAAUAUGGAAAGAAUGUGAAUAAUCAUACUUGUUAUUAUAUUUUAAUUCAUUGCUAUUACUCCUACAAACAUUAAAUUGUGCUAAAAAUAUUGUGAAUGUGCAAGAACAUUCACUAUGGUGAGCUUUUUUUGACUGAUUGCUGAAUGAUUGUA